AUGGCCUUCUUAAAACAUUUGAUAGUAGGUUUCAUUCCUAUGUCCAGUGGUAAGAAUGGAACCCAAUNCUUUGACCGCGUAAACCUUUCUGCCAAUGGAUUUUACAAGUAUCCUGGUCUAAACUACGAUCUCCAGAGCAAUUCAGGCCGAGCUUACCCUUACUUUAGUUUCGGAGCCGCCUGCUCUGAAGUGGAAGUCGACUGUCUGACAGGCGAUCAUCAGAUUCUUCGCACAGACAUUGUCAUGGAUGUUGGAAACAGCAUCAAUCCAGCUAUAGACAUUGGACAGAUUGAAGGUGCCUUCUUACAAGGACUGGGGAUGUUUACCCUGGAGGAGUUGAGAUUCUCUCGGAAUGGUGUCCCCUUGACGACAGGGCCCAGGACCUACAAAAUUCCAGGAAUUGCAGAUAUACCACUGGAAUUUAAUGUUCAUCUUUUGCGAAAUGCCCCAAAUGAACACGCCAUCUGCUGUUCUAAGGUUUGA